CCUCCUCCACAAGCGCGCGUGCAGCCGUGCCGAGCGGUGACCAUGGCCGAGGGGGGGGAAGGAGAAGACGAGAUCCAGUUCCUGCGGACCGAUGACGAGGUGGUACUUCAGUGCUCUGCUACCAUCAACAAGGAGCAACAGAAGCUCUGCCUGGCUGCUGAGGGCUUUGGAAACCGGCUCUGCUUCCUGGAGUCUACUUCCAACUCCAAGAAUGUUCCUCCGGACCUGUCUAUUUGCACCUUUGUUCUGGAGCAGUCGCUAUCUGUCCGGGCUCUGCAGGAGAUGCUGGCCAACACUGAAGAGAAAGCAGAAGGGAAAUUCAUGAUGAAGACUGCUCAAGGGGGAGGACAUCGUACACUGCUGUAUGGCCAUGCCGUACUGCUCCGGCACUCCUACAGUGGGAUGUACCUUUGCUGUUUGUCCACUUCACGGUCCUCAACUGACAAACUGGCAUUUGAUGUCGGACUGCAAGAAGACACAACAGGUGAGGCCUGCUGGUGGACCAUUCAUCCUGCUUCCAAGCAGAGGUCAGAGGGAGAAAAGGUGAGGGUGGGGGACGACUUGAUCCUCGUCAGCGUCUCAUCAGAACGCUAUCUGCACCUGUCGUACGGGAAUGGGAGCCUGCAUGUAGAUGCCGCCUUCCAACAGACCCUGUGGAGCGUGGCUCCCAUCUGCUCUGGGAGUGAAGUUGCACAAGGGUACCUGAUUGGUGGCGAUGUGCUGAGACUGCUGCACGGCCACAUGGAUGAGUGCCUGACUGUCCCAUCAGGGGAUCAUGGAGAGGAGCAGCGCAGGACAGUGCACUAUGAGGGAGGUGCUGUAUCCAUCCACGCUCGGUCCCUGUGGAGACUGGAGACCCUCCGUGUUGCGUGGAGUGGCAGCCAUACCCGAUGGGGCCAGCCAUUCCGCCUGAGGCACGUCACCACUGGGAAGUAUCUCAGUCUCACAGAUGACCGGGGCCUCCUGCUCAUGGACAAGGAGAAAGCUGAUGUUAAGUCCACAGCCUUUUGCUUCCGUUCCUCAAAGGAGAAGCUGGACUUGGGAGUGAAAAAGGAGGUGGACGGCAUGGGUGUCGCUGAAAUCAAGUACGGCGACUCCGUCUGUUACGUCCAGCAUGUGGACACCUGUCUGUGGCUCACAUAUCAGGCUGUCGAUGCCAAGUGUGCGCGAAUGGGAGGCGUGCAGCGGAAGGCCAUCAUGCACCAUGAAGGUCACAUGGAUGAUGGGCUGACCCUGUCACGGUCGCAACAUGAGGAGUCGCGCACGGCCCGAGUCAUCCGCAGCACCGUCUUUCUCUUUAAUCGCUUCAUCAGGGGACUUGAUGCACUGAGUAAAAAAGGGAAGAUCUCCACGCUGGACCUGCCCAUUGAGUCUGUUAGCUUAAGUCUGCAGGACCUGAUUGGCUAUUUCCAGCCACCAGAUGAGCAUCUGGAACAUGAGGACAAGCAAAACAGGUUGCGAGCCCUGAAGAAUAGACAGAAUCUCUUCCAGGAAGAAGGCAUGAUUAACUUGGUCCUGGAAUGCAUUGAUCGGCUGCAUGUGUAUAGCAGCGCUGCUCACUUUGCCGACGUGGCCGGGAAGGAGGCUGGAGUGGCCUGGAAGUCCAUACUGAACUCAUUGUAUGAGCUACUGGCUGCUUUGAUACGCGGAAACCGGAAAAACUGUGCCCAGUUCUCAGGCUCGCUGGACUGGUUGAUCAGCAGGCUGGAGAGACUGGAAGCCUCCUCUGGAAUCCUAGAGGUCCUACACUGUGUCCUUGUGGAAAGUCCAGAAGCUCUCAACAUCAUCAAAGAGGGACACAUUAAGUCGAUCAUUUCCCUCCUGGACAAACAUGGGCGGAAUCAUAAGGUCCUUGAUGUACUCUGCUCACUGUGUGUGUGCCACGGGGUUGCGGUGAGAUCCAACCAGCACCUCAUUUGCGACAACCUGCUGCCCGGCCGAGAUCUGCUGCUCCAAACAAGGCUGGUGAACCAUGUCAGCAGUGUGAGGCCAAACAUCUUCCUGGGCAUCAGUGAAGGUUCCGCCCAGUACAGGAAAUGGUACUACGAACUUAUUGUGGACCACGUGGAGCCCUUUGUCACGGCUGAGGCGACUCACCUGCGUGUGGGUUGGGCCACGACUGAUGGGUAUUCCCCCUACCCAGGGGGUGGAGAGGGCUGGGGGGGCAACGGCGUGGGGGACGACCUCUAUUCCUAUGGUUUUGAUGGACUUCACUUGUGGUCAGGUUGCAUUGCGCGGACAGUGAACUCACCCAAUCAACACCUCCUCCGAGUGGACGAUGUGGUCAGCUGCUGCCUGGACCUUGGUGCACCUAGCAUCUCAUUCCGUAUCAACGGCCAGCCCGUCCAAGGCAUGUUUGAGAACUUCAAUGCAGAUGGGCUUUUCUUCCCCGUCGUCAGUUUCUCAACUGGGGUGAAAGUACGCUUUCUGUUGGGUGGCCGCCAUGGGGAAUUCAAGUUCCUGCCCCCCCCAGGGUAUGCCCCCUGCUUUGAGGCUGUGCUGCCCAGGGAGAAGCUGAGGGUGGAACACAGCCAGGAAUACAAGCAGGACCAUAGUGGGACACGAGACCUCCUCGGGCCCAUCAUCACUCUCACACAAGCAGCCUUCACUCCCACACCUGUAGACACCAGCCAGAUCGUUUUGCCACCUCACCUGGAACAAAUCCGGGAGAAGCUAGCUGAGAACAUUCAUGAACUGUGGGUCAUGAACAAGAUUGAGCUUGGCUGGACGUACGGGACGGUACGAGAUGAUAACAAACGACAGCAUCCUUGCCUGGUUGAGUUCUCAAAGCUUCCAGAACAGGAACGCAGCUAUAACCUGCAGAUGUCCCUGGAAACACUGAAGACACUGCUCGCCCUUGGGUGCCAUGUGGGAGUGGCAGACGAACACACAGAGGAAAGAGUGAAAAGGCUGAAGCUGUCUGCCAACUAUGAGUUGUCAAGUGGAUACAAGCCAGCCCCUAUGGACCUGAGCCACAUCAAGCUGUCUUCCACCCAAGAGGCCAUGGUGGACAAGCUGGCAGAGAAUGCACACAAUGUAUGGGCUCGUGAUAGGAUCCGCCAGGGCUGGACCUAUGGAAUCCAACAGGAUGUGAAAAACAGAAGAAACCCUCGGCUGGUUCCAUACGCCUUGUUAGAUGAGCGUACCAAGAAGUCCAACAAGGACAGCCUGAGAGAGGCUGUCCGAACUUUGCUGGGCUAUGGCUACAAUCUGGAGGCACCGGACCAAGACCAUGCUGCUAGGUCCGACAUCAGCAACAUGUUAGCCGAGAGGUUUCGCAUCUUCCGCGCAGAGAAGACCUACAGCGUCAAUGCCGGGAAAUGGUACUUUGAGUUUGAGGUUGUGACGGCAGGGGAGAUGAGGGUGGGCUGGGCUCGACCAGGCUGUCUGCCUGACCAGGAGCUGGGAUCCGACGACCAGGCGUUUGUCUUCGAUGGCUUCAAAGCACAGCGGUGGCACCAGGGAAAUGAGCACUUUGGGCGGUCCUGGCAGCCUGCUGAUGUGGUGGGAUGUAUGGUGGACAUGAACGAACGCACCAUGAUGUUCACACUCAAUGGCGAAGUGCUGCUCGAUGACUCUGGCUCCGAGCUGGCGUUCAAAGACUUUGAGGUUUGGGAAGGAUUUAUCCCUGUGUGCAGCCUAGGUGUGUGCCAGGUAGGCAGGAUGAAUUUCGGGAAGGAUGUGAGCACCCUGAAGUAUUUCACAAUCUGCGGCCUGCAGGAGGGCUUUGAGCCCUUCGCUGUCAACAUGAACAGAGAUCUGACCAUGUGGUUUAGCAAGAGGCUGCCACAGUUCAUUCCCGUCCCUCAGAACCAUGAACACAUUGAGGUAACAAGGAUUGAUGGAACUAUUGAAAGCUCACCCUGUCUGAAGGUCACACAAAGGUCAUUUGGCUCACAGAACAGCAACAGGGACAUCGUGUUUUACCGACUGAGCAUGCCAAUUGAGUGCGCAGAGGGCUUCUCCAAAUCACUAUGUGGCAUACCUUCCAACGGCAGCUUCUUUUCUCCCAAGAAGGAGCUGGAUGACUUUGAGACUGUUUCGGACUUUGAGGUCCUCAUGAAAACUGCUCAUGGACACUUAAGCUCCAACGGCCCUGAGAAAGACAAGGAUGAGUUCAAUAAUCACAAAGAUUACAACCAGGAAAAGCCAUCAAAAUUGAAGCAAAGGUUCAUGCUAAAGAGGACCAAGCCUGACUUAAGUACCAGUCACUCUUCCCCUCGUCUGUCAGAGGAAGUGCUGGCUGAUGAGCGGGAUGACUAUGAAUAUCUGAUGCAGACUUCAAUGUACUAUUACUCUGUGAGGAUCUUCCCAGGCCAGGAACCCUCUAGUGUGUGGGUGGGCUGGGUGACCUCUGAUUUCCACCAGUAUGACACAGCUUUUGAUCUGGAGAAGGUUCGCACGGUGACGGUCACCCUUGGAGAUGAGAAGGGGAAGGUCCAUGAAAGCAUCAAGCGCAGCAAUUGCUACAUGGUCUGGGCAGGAGAGAGCACAAGUCCUGGACAGAGCCGCAACAGCAAUGGGUUGGAGAUCGGCUGUCUGGUGGACACUUCUCAUGGAUUGCUGACCUUCACCAGCAAUGGCAAAGAGCUCAGCACCUACUACCAGGUGGAACCCAGCACCAAACUGUUCCCUGCAGUGUUCGCUCAAGCCACCAGCCCCAGCGUCUUUCAGUUUGAAUUGGGCCGGAUCAAGAAUGUGAUGCCUCUCUCGGCGGGCCUCUUUAAGAGUGAGAGGAAGAACGCCAUCCCUCAGUGCCCACCCCGGCUGCAUGUGCAGUUCCUGACCCCCGUGCUGUGGAGUCGAGUGCCAAACCACUUCCUGGAGGUGGAGGCAUCCCGCAUCAAUGACCGCCAUGGCUGGCUGGUGCAGUGCUCCAAACCGCUACAGUUCAUGUCCCUACACAUCCCUGAGGAGAACAGAUCUGUGGACAUCCUGGAGCUGACAGAGCAGAAGGAUUUGCUAAAGUUUCAUUACCACACCCUUCGGCUCUACUCUGCGGUGUGUGCCCUGGGGAACAACAGGGUGGCCCAUGCACUCUGCAGCCAUGUUGAUGAGGCCCAGCUGCUCUAUGCCAUUGAGAACAAAUACAUGCCAGGUCUGCUACGGACGGGUUACUAUGAGCUGCUCAUCGACAUCCAUCUGAGCACCUAUGCCACGGCGCGACUCAUGAUGAAUAAUGAAUACAUUGUGCCCAUGACGGAGGAGACGAAGAGCAUCACCCUCUUCCCAGACGAGAAGAAGAAGCAUGGCCUGCCGGGGAUUGGCCUGAGCACCUCUCUGCGGCCUCGCAUGCGCUACUCUUCCCCUAACUUUGUCGGUGUUGGUGGGGACUUCUACCAGCACAGUCCUGAGUUCCCUUUGGAAGUCCUCAAGAGCAAGACAAUUGAGAUGUUGACCGAGGCUGUCCAGGAGGGCAGCCUGCAUGUGCGUGACCCUGUUGGUGGAAGCACUGAGUUCCUUUUUGUGCCACUCAUAAAGCUUUUCUAUACUCUGCUCAUCAUGGGAGUCUUCCACAAUGGGGACCUGAAGAAUAUCCUGCAGCUUAUUGAGCCUAGUGUAUUCUCUGAGGGCCCGGGCCAUGAGCGGGCUGAAACCCCUGACUGCGGUGGAUUCAAGGCUGAGCUCCAGAUAAAUGGUGUGGGUGGAGAAGAUGACGGGAGGUCAGGAAAAGUCCCCAAAGUGGGAUUGCUCCAGAUGAAGCUCCCCGAGCCCGUCAAACUUCAAAUGUGCCACCUUCUGCAGUACCUGUGCGACUGCCAGGUGAGGCAUAGGAUUGAGGCGGUGGUGGCCUUCUCUGAUGACUUCGUUGCCAACCUCCAGGAGAACCAGCGCUUUCGCUAUAAUGAGGUGAUGCAGGCCCUUAACAUGUCUGCUGCCUUGACAGCCAGGAAGACAAAAGAAUUUCGCUCACCUCCCCAGGAACAGAUCAACAUGCUGCUGAAUUUUAAAGAUGAGAAGCAGGACUGUCCAUGCCCGGAGGAUAUCCGAGAGCAGUUGCUGGACUUCCAUGAAGAUCUGAUGAAGCACUGUGGCAUCGAGAUCGAUGAUGACAAGACAAAUGAGGCAGAUGGUGACUUCACCAUCAGGGGCCGGCUUUUGUCCCUUGUAGAGAAAGUGGCAUACCUGAAGAAGAAAAGAGCUGACCUACCUAAGAAAAAAAAGGCCAAAAAGCCCACUACACUGCAGCAGCUGAUCUCGGAGACCAUGGUGCGCUGGGCCCAGGAGUCGGUGAUCGAGGACCCAGAGCUGGUCCGGGCCAUGUUUGUGCUCCUGCACCGGCAGUAUGAUGGCAUUGGGGGACAGGUGCGCGCCCUGCCGAAGACCUACACCAUCAACUCGGUGUCUGUGGAGGACACCAUCAACCUGCUGGCCUCGCUGGGCCAGAUACGCUCCCUGCUGAGUGUGCGCAUGGGCCGUGAAGAGGAGAAGCUCAUGAUCCGGGGCCUGGGUGAUAUUAUGAACAAUAAAGUUUUCUACCAGCACCCAAAUUUAAUGAGAGCACUGGGUAUGCAUGAAACAGUCAUGGAAGUGAUGGUGAAUGUGCUUGGAGGAGGAGAAUCCAAGGAAAUCACAUUUCCUAAGAUGGUGGCCAACUGCUGUCGUUUUCUUUGCUACUUCUGUCGCAUCAGUAGACAAAACCAAAAAGCCAUGUUUGAUCAUCUCAGUUACUUGCUGGAAAACAGCAGUGUUGGACUUGCGUCCCCCUCCAUGCGAGGCUCCACUCCUCUCGAUGUGGCAGCUGCCUCUGUGAUGGAUAAUAACGAACUUGCCUUGGCCCUCCGGGAGCCAGAUCUGGAGAAGGUUGUUCAGUAUCUGGCUGGGUGUGGCCUUCAGAGCUGCCUGAUGCUCGUGUCUAAGGGCUACCCUGACAUUGGCUGGAACCCUGUGGAAGGGGAGCGCUACCUGGAUUUUCUUCGUUUUGCCGUAUUCUGUAAUGGUGAGAGUGUGGAGGAGAAUGCCAAUGUUGUGGUGAGGCUACUGAUUCGCAGGCCAGAGUGUUUUGGCCCUGCCCUGCGUGGGGAAGGUGGCAAUGGGCUCCUAGCUGCUAUGGAAGAGGCCAUCAAGAUUUCAGAAGACCCCAGCAGGGACGGCCCCUCUCCCACCUCCGAGUCCAGCAGGACCCUCAGUGAUAUGCUGGAGGAUGAAGAGGAUGACACCAUCCACAUGGGCAAUGCCAUCAUGACAUUUUAUGCAGCACUAAUUGACCUGCUGGGGCGCUGUGCACCUGAGAUGCAUUUGAUCCAUGCCGGGAAGGGAGAGGCCAUUCGGAUUCGAGCUAUCCUUCGUUCUCUGAUUCCCAUUGAAGACCUUGAAGGGGUGAUCAGCAUCCCGUUCCCCAUGCCAACUGUUGCCAAAGAUGGAACAGUGGUGGAGCCGGAUAUGUCGGCAGGCUUCUGUCCAGACCACAAGGCAGCCAUGGUCCUUUUCCUCGACCGUGUGUAUGGGAUUGAGGACCAAAACUUCCUGCUCCACCUCUUGGAGGUGGGGUUCCUGCCAGACCUCCGAGCAGCUGCAUCUCUAGAUACGGCUGCUCUCAGCGCCACUGACAUGGCCCUGGCCCUUAACCGCUACCUGUGCACUGCCGUACUGCCCCUGCUCACCAAGUGCGCCCCGCUGUUUGCCGGCACGGAGCCCUAUGCCUCGCUUAUCGACUCACUGCUGCAUACCGUCUACCGGCUGUCCAAGGGCUGCUGCCUGACGAAGGCUCAGCGCGACGCCAUCGAGGAGUGCCUGCUGGCUGUGUGUGGGAAACUGAGACCCUCGAUGAUGCAACACCUGCUCAGGCGAUUGGUGUUUGAUGUUCCCCUCCUCAAUGAACAUACUAAGAUGCCUCUCAAGCUGCUGACUAACCACUAUGAGCGCUGCUGGAAAUACUACUGCCUAUCAGGGGGCUGGGGGAGUUUUGGAGCUGCAUCGGAUGAAGAGCUGCACCUUUCCAGGAAACUCUUCUGGGGAAUAUUCGAUGCUCUGUCCCAGAAGAGGUAUGACCAGGAACUCUUCAAGCUGGCCCUCCCCUGCCUAAGUGCUGUAGCUGGGGCACUGCCCCCAGACUACAUGGAGUCCAGCUAUGUGGCCAUGAUGGAGAAGCAGUCCUCCAUGGAUGCAGAGGGCAACUUCAACCCUCAACCGGCUGACACAUCCAACAUCACAAUCCCAGAGAAGCUGGAUUACUUUAUCAACAAGUAUGCUGAGCACUCUCAUGAGAAGUGGUCCAUGGAAAAGUUUGCCAACAAUUGGGUUCAUGGGGACCAGCUUUGUGAGUCCUCCAAAGUGCAUCCUCUGCUGAAACCUUACAAAGCCCUGUCUGAGAAGGAGAAGGAGUUGUACCGCUGGCCCAUCAAGGAAUCCUUGAAAACCAUGCUGGCCUGGGGGUGGAGCAUCGAGCGGACGAGGGAGGGUGAGACUGUGGGCUUGCACAACCGGGCACGACGCAUCUCGCAGUCUAGCCAGCUGUCUGUUGAGGGGGCCCAUGGUUUCAGCCCAAGGCCAAUUGACAUGAGCAAUGUGACUCUAUCCAGAGACCUGCAUUCCAUGGCAGAGCUUCUUGCAGAGAACUAUCAUAACAUCUGGGCCAAGAAGAAGAAACUGGAACUUGAAGCCAAAGGAGGAGGGAGCCACCCAUUACUGGUACCCUAUGACACUCUUACUGCCAAAGAGAAAUCCAAAGACAGAGAAAAAGCACAAGAUAUCCUCAAGUUCUUUCAGAUCAAUGGCUACGCAGUCUCACGGGCCAUGAAGGAGCAGGAAUUGGACACUCCAUCCAUCGAGAAGCGCUUUGCCUACACCUUCUUGCAGCAGCUCAUCACAUACGUGGAUGAGGCUCACGAGCACAUGUUAGAGUUCGAUCUGGCUGCUCGUGCUAAAGGGGAGAAGAUUCCUCAUGAACAGCAGAUGAAAUUUUUUGGAAAGGUGGUCCUGCCACUGAUUGACCAGUACUUCAAGAAUCACCGUCUCUACUUCCUGUCCACGGCCAUCCGUCCCCUCAAUAGUGGAGGUCAUGCUUCCAACAAAGAAAAGGAGAUGGUCACCAGCUUAUUCUGCAAACUGGGAGUUCUUGUCAGACAUAGGAUAUCAUUGUUUGGAAACGAUGCUACCUCUAUUGUGAAUUGCCUUCACAUCCUGGGUCAAACACUGGAUGCCAGGACGGUGAUGAAGACGGGUUCAGAGACCGUGAAAGCUGCGUUGCGGGCCUUCUUCGACAAUGCAGCCGAGGACCUGGAGAGGACCAUGGAGAACCUGAAGCAGGGACAGUUUGCUCACACGCGCAUUCAGCCCAAGGGCGUCACACAGAUAAUCAACUACACCACAGUGGCCCUGCUGCCCGUGCUCUCAUCCCUCUUCGAACACAUUGGCCAGAACCUCUUCGGUGAAGACCUGAUAUUGGAUGAUGUACAGGUUUCAUGCUACCGGAUCCUCAACAGCCUCUAUUCACUUGGGACCAGCAAAAGCAUCUAUGUUGAAAGGCAACGACCGGCACUUGGGGAGUGCCUGGCAGCUUUCUCAGGGGCCUUUCCUGUGGCCUUCCUGGAGCCCCACUUAAACAAGCACAACAUGUACUCCAUCUAUAACACCAAGGGUUCCCGCGAGCGGGCAGCAUUAGGGCUCCCUGCCCAGGUGGAAGAGGUGAACCCACUAGUGCCCUCCCUGGAAAAGUUGCUGGAGGAGAUCAUGGAGCUGGCAGAGUCAGGCGUGCGCUACACGCAGAUGCCCCAUGUAAUGGAGGUGGUGUUACCCAUGCUCUGCAGCUACAUGUCACACUGGUGGGAGCAUGGCCCUGAGGGUGGCCCUGAGGGAGGACUCGAGAGAGCUGAGCGCUGCUGCACCUUGCUGACCUCCGAGCACAUGAACACGCUGCUGGGAAACAUCCUCAAGAUCAUUUACAACAACUUGGGCAUAGACGAGGGAGCCUGGAUGAAGCGCCUGGCAGUUUUCUCUCAGCCGAUAAUCGGAAAGGCUAAACCGCAGCUGCUGAAGACCCACUUCCUUCCUCUGAUGGAGAAACUAAAGAAAAAGGCAGCAACAGUGCUCCUGGAUGAGGAGAACAUGAAGGCAGAGGGGCGUGGCGAAAUGUCGGAAGCUGAGCUGCUCAUCCUGGACGAAUUCACCAUUCUAGUGCGCGACCUCUAUGCCUUCUACCCACUCCUCAUCCGAUUUGUUGACUACAACAGAGCAAAAUGGCUCAAAGAGCCGAACCCAGAGGCUGAAGAGCUGUUCCGGAUGGUGGCGGAGGUCUUCAUAUUUUGGGCCAAAUCCCAUAACUUCAAACGGGAAGAGCAGAACUUUGUGGUCCAGAAUGAGAUCAACAACAUGUCAUUCUUGAUCACUGACACCAAGUCCAAAAUGUCAAAGGGUGCAGUGUCAGACCAAGAGAGGAAGAAGAUGAAAAGAAAGGGUGACCGCUACUCCAUGCAGACCUCCCUCAUUGUAGCCGCUCUAAAGAGGCUUCUGCCUGUGGGUUUGAACAUAUGUGCCCCUGGAGACCAGGAGCUGAUUGCUCUGGCCAAGAACCGCUUUACUCAGAAAGACACGGAGGAUGAGGUGCGAGAGAUCAUUCGCAAUAACCUUCAUCUGCAGGGCAAGUUGGAAGACCCAGCGAUCCGGUGGCAGAUGGCACUGUACAAAGACCUGCCCAACCGAAGUGAGGACACGUCAGAUCCUGAGAAGACAGUGGAAAGGGUUCUGGACAUCGCCCAUGUGCUCUUCCACUUGGACCAGGUCGAACAUCCACAGAGGAGCAAGAAGGCUGUGUGGCACAAGUUGCUUUCCAAGCAGAGGAAGAGAGCUGUGGUGGCCUGCUUCCGGAUGGCCCCCCUCUACAAUCUGCCCAGGCACCGUGCUGUCAACCUCUUCCUGCAGGGAUACCUGAAGUCCUGGAUCGAGGCAGAGGAGCAUUACUUUGAGGACAAGUUGAUCGAGGACUUGGCAAAACCGGGCGAGCAGGAAAUGUCAGAGGAAGAUGAAGGAGUCAAGAGAAUUGAUCCUCUCCAUCAGCUGAUUCAGCUCUUCAGCAGGACCGCCCUCACAGAGAAGUGUAAACUGGAGGAGGAUAUGCUGUAUAUGGCUUAUGCUGACAUCAUGGCUAAAAGUUGCCAUGAUGAAGAGGACGAAGAUGGUGAAGAGGUUAAAAGCUUUGAAGAGAAAGAGAUGGAAAAGCAAAAGCUGCUCUACCAGCAGGCCAGGCUUCAUGACCGGGGGGCAGCUGAGAUGGUCCUGCAGACCAUUAGCGCCAGUAAAGGUGAAAUGGGUCCCAUGGUGGCAUCCACACUGAAGUUGGGCAUUGCCAUUUUAAAUGGAGGGAAUUCUACUGUCCAGCAGAAAAUGCUGGAUUACCUGAAGGACAAGAAGGACGUGGGCUUCUUUCAGAGUCUGGCCGGCCUAAUGCUGUCCUGCAGCGUGCUUGACCUCAAUGCCUUUGAACGACAGAACAAAGCAGAGGGCCUAGGCAUGGUAACGGAGGAGGGCUCAGUCAUCACUCAUGAGCGUGGGGAGAAGGUGAUGCAGGAUGAUGAGUUCACCUGUGACCUUUUCCGAUUCCUUCAGCUCCUCUGUGAAGGACACAACUCAGAUUUCCAGAAUUACCUAAGAACACAGACGGGAAACAACACAACUGUCAACAUCAUCAUCUCCACAGUUGAUUAUCUUCUCAGAGUUCAGGAGUCUAUUAGUGAUUUCUACUGGUAUUAUUCUGGAAAGGACAUCAUCGAUGAGCAGGGUCAACGGAACUUCUCCAAAGCAAUCAAUGUUGCCAAGCAGGUCUUCAAUACUCUCACAGAGUAUAUACAGGGCCCAUGCACUGGCAACCAGCAGAGCCUGGCCCAUAGCCGACUGUGGGAUGCAGUGGUUGGUUUCCUGCAUGUGUUUGCUCAUAUGCAAAUGAAGCUAUCCCAGGAUUCUAGCCAGAUUGAGUUACUCAAGGAAUUGAUGGAUCUUCAGAAGGACAUGGUUGUAAUGUUGUUAUCAAUGUUGGAAGGAAAUGUCGUAAAUGGAACUAUUGGUAAGCAGAUGGUGGAUAUGUUAGUUGAGUCCUCAAAUAACGUGGAGAUGAUUCUGAAGUUCUUCGACAUGUUCCUCAAACUUAAAGACCUCACGUCAUCAGACACCUUUAAGGAGUAUGAUCCAGAUGGUAAAGGGGUCAUCUCAAAGAGGGAUUUCCACAAAGCUAUGGAGACCCAUAAACACUACACCCAGUCGGAGACGGAGUUCCUGCUCUCCUGUGCUGAGACAGAUGAGAAUGAGCUGCUUGACUAUGAGGAGUUUGUAGAAAGGUUCCAUGAGCCUGCAAAGGAUAUUGGCUUCAAUGUGGCCGUUCUACUGACAAACCUGUCAGAGCAUAUGCCACACGACACACGACUCCAGACCUUCCUGGAGCUGGCAGAAAGUGUACUUAACUACUUCCAGCCUUACUUGGGCCGAAUUGAGAUCAUGGGCAGUGCCAAACGCAUUGAGCGGGUCUACUUCGAGAUCAGUGAGUCCAGUCGCACGCAGUGGGAGAAGCCACAGGUCAAGGAGUCAAAGCGGCAGUUUAUCUUCGAUGUGGUCAACGAAGGUGGGGAGAAGGAGAAGAUGGAGCUCUUUGUGAACUUCUGUGAGGACACAAUUUUUGAGAUGCAGCUGGCAGCCCAGAUGUCAGAUGCUGGAGAGCGGUCUGCCAGCAAGGAGGAGAGCGAAAAGGAAAAGCCCGAGGAGGAGAACCCUGACAUGGGCUUCUUUUCUGUCACCACAGUAAGGACUGCGCUGCUUGCCCUGCGCUACAAUGUGAUGCUGCUGAUGAAGGUGCUUUCCAUGAAAAGCCUUAAGAAACAGAUGAAGAAGAUGAAGAAGAUGACAGUGAAAGACAUGGUCAUGGCGCUCAUCUCUUUCUACUGGAGUGUGCUGAUGGGUCUAUUCCACUUCACCUUCAGUGUGUCGCGGGGCUUCUUCCGCAUCAUGUACAGUACUUUCCUGGGGGGCAGCUUGGUGGAGGGGGCCAAGUCAAUGAAGGUGGCAGACCUUUUAGCUAACAUGCCUGAUCCCACACAGGACGAGGUCCGCGGGGAGGGGGAGGAGGCUGAGAAGAGGCACACGGACAAAUCCUCAGCCCAAGAAGACCUAGCUGACCUAGCAGUGGCUGCAGAUGAUUCUGAUCUCCUUUCAGACAUAUUUGGAUUAGAUCUUAGGCGGGAAGGGGGACAAUACAAGCUGAUGCCUCACAACCCAAAUGCCAGCAUCACUGAUCUACUCACCACUCCUGCUGUUCCUGUUCCCACUCCCUCACCUGAGUUCAGAAGACGACAGGGAAAAGGGUCCACAGAUGAAGAGAGCAAAGGAAAAGAAGAUGGAAAAUGUGAGCCAGAAAAGGCAGAAGGAGAAGAUGGAGAGAAGAAUGGGAAGCCCAAAGACAGCAAACCCAAACAGAAAGUCAGGCGGCACCACACCUCAAAGUCCGAGGAAACAGACCUUCAAGAGUCUGCAUUCUGGAAGAAGAUCAUUGCUUACCAAAGGAAACUGUUGAAUUAUUUUGCACGGAAUUUCUACAAUAUGCGGAUGUUGGCCUUGUUUGUAGCCUUUGCCAUCAACUUCAUCCUUCUCUUCUACAAGGUGUCUACAUCGUCCGCAGUGCUUGAAGAGAAGGAAGUAGUAUAUGGCGGCUUGCCUACAGACCCCAAGAUGCGAUGGAGUCCUGCAGAGGGUGUGCCCCAACGAACAGUGACAGUGCACUUUGUCCUGGAGGAAAGCAGUGGUUACAUGGAGCCCACGCUGCGCAUCUUGGCCAUACUACAUACUGUCAUUGCCUUCUUCUGCAUCAUCGGUUACUACUGUUUGAAGGUGCCGCUGGUGAUUUUCAAACGGGAGAAGGAGGUGGCCAGGAAGCUGGAGUUUGAUGGGCUCUACAUAACGGAGCAGCCCUCUGAAGAUGACAUUAAAGGGCAAUGGGACAGGCUUGUAAUUAACACGCAGUCAUUCCCAAAUAACUACUGGGAUAAAUUUGUUAAAAGGAAGGUGAUGGACAAGUACGGGGAGUUCUAUGGCCAUGACCGCAUCAGCGAGCUGCUGGGAAUGGACAAAGCCGCCCUGGACUUCAGCGAUGCUCACGAGAAGAAGAAGCCUAAAAAAGACAGUUCGCUGACGGCUGUACUGAACUCCAUUGAUGUCAAGUAUCAGAUCUGGAAACUGGGUGUAGUCUUCACAGACAAUUCCUUCCUCUACUUGGCCUGGUACAUGACCAUGUCGAUCCUGGGCCACUAUAACAAUUUUUUCUUUGCUGCACACCUCCUGGACAUUGCCAUGGGUUUCAAGACCCUGCGCACCAUCCUGUCCUCUGUCACACACAAUGGCAAGCAGCUCGUUCUUACGGUGGGCUUGCUGGCAGUGGUGGUCUACCUCUACACGGUGGUGGCCUUCAAUUUCUUCCGUAAGUUCUACAACAAGAGUGAAGAUGGGGAGUCUCCGGACAUGAAGUGCGAUGACAUGCUCACGUGUUACAUGUUCCACAUGUAUGUGGGAGUCCGUGCCGGAGGCGGCAUCGGGGACCAGAUUGAGGACCCUGCAGGGGACGAGUAUGAGAUCUACAGGAUCAUUUUUGACAUCACCUUCUUCUUCUUCGUCAUUGUCAUUCUACUGGCCAUCAUUCAGGGUCUCAUUAUUGAUGCUUUUGGUGAACUACGAGACCAGCAAGAGCAAGUAAAAGAAGACAUGGAGACCAAAUGUUUCAUCUGCGGAAUCGGAAAUGACUACUUCGACACGGUACCUCAUGGCUUUGAGACCCAUACCCUACAGGAGCACAAUUUGGCAAAUUAUCUCUUUUUUGUUAUGUAUCUCAUUAACAAAGAUGAAACGGAGCACACGGGCCAGGAGUCGUACGUGUGGAAGAUGUACCAGGAGCGAUGCUGGGAGUUCUUCCCGGCCGGAGACUGCUUCCGCAAACAAUACGAAGACCAGCUCAACUGAACCCAGUCCCGAACCUUUUGAACCUUUCGUAACUGCGGCUGCAGAGGCUGAUGACUUUUUGGACACCUUCCUUUGGAAUGCUUUUCAGACUUUGUAAAUAUAUGACACACUGUAUAUCAUUCCCUGAGUGCUUUUUGGAGCACAAAGGCUGUGUUUUGAUGACUCAGUGCUUCAUCUAUUACAUUUGCUUUUUAAAACACAUUGAAAAGCAAAAAAAAAAAGAAAAAUGAAAACUUUUGAGAAAAAAAGAAAAACUCAUUGAACUGUUUCUGAAGACUCAUGGAAGAUAUGUUUCUUUUGAGAGCACAUGUAUAAAAAAGGCAAUUAUCUUGCUCAUCCUAAGCCUUCUGAUUUCUUCAUCAGGAAGGGAGUUGUAUUUGCGAGGAAGGAGACCUGAUAGUGGACUGUGGGCCGUCGAUGAGGAAAUAGUGCCUUACCAAGCCUGGGUUGAGCUAUGCAAGCGAGAGAAUCCUGAGUGCACGACCGCAUCGCAGAUCCACUCACUGGCCUACAUGUAGUCUGUGUCCCACCUGCUGACUGUCUCUGCGUCUGCCUGCAUCCGUGCGUGCGUGUACCUGUGUGUGUGUGUGUGUGUGUGUGUGUGUGUGUG